AUGGCGCCGUUGACUCCGCAACCGAAGCGGGAGCAGAUCCACGAGCAGAGAUCCAGAAACGACUAUGGGGGCAUGUCUCAGUUCACACCUCCAAAAUCCUCAGAAAAAAGACAUCCAGACGCCCUCAACGUUAUCCAUGAAGACGAGUCACUAUUCUCAGAGCUCAUGAUUCCCAUCAGCGGAAGCGACGACGAAGACCAAGAAGAAUGGGUCGAUAGAAUCCUCAAACAGCAAACUCAGGAGAUACCUUCGUGCGACUUGCUGGCAGACUCCCUCGUGAGCGGGAGCAGUCCCACUCUUCCAGAAGAGUCUCCGGUGGCUACCGUUGACAUGAAAGACCUCGACCACCUGACUGCUGCUGUGGAUCGCCAGGAUGACAUGCUGCGCAUCUUUGGUGUCCUACGUGACGGACUUCGCGAAUACAACUACCAGCUUGCUAACGCCGGGCCGGAAAGCGUUGUUAUGGUGCGCUCUGAUUUUCUUAUCAACUAUGGCAAGAACGUCGGAUGCAGUCUGCGCACAAAGAUGAUCAAUGAUUACUUGACGAUGGCUAGGAACGAUGAAGAGCUCCUCAACUACGGACUAUCGCAUCAACUGGCAGACGUGACUAUUUUGGAGGAAAUUCGGAACCUGGUCCGCGAAAGCGACCGCAAGCGAAAGCUCUACAAUAAAAGAAAGAACAUGGCGAUGGAGAGCAAACGUCCUGUAUUGAGUUCUACUCCUGAACUCGGUGGCAGUCCGGCAGAAAGUGUGGAUAAGAAAAAGAAGAGCCGGUCUGGAAAAUCUAAAGGUUUGAGCGUCGAAAAAAUCCAAAUAGGAUACUAUGGCAAUAAUCAUCUGAGCGCAGUUGCCGAUUUGGACCAGAUCCUGAAGGUCGAAGAAGACGAAAAGUAUAUCACGGACCUUCGCAACAAGAACAGCUUUUUGAGAGCAUGCAUUGAUGGAAUCUACUCGCCUGAUUUAGUGGUUGACCAUUCCUUACUGUACACUAAGGUGCCAUUGAACUUGAACCCUGAUAUGAGCAUUGAUUUGGAAUCUGACAGGGCCGUGGCUUACGCUGAAAACACACUUUGGGUGGCUUCCCAUCUGGCUCCAAACGCAGUUUCGAGCGAGAAAUUCUCCAGACUUUUACAAAUGCGGGUCAUUGUGAAAGUCUACGAUUGUGACCAACUGGUCCUAAAGCGCACCGAGCCAGUCACUGGCCAUUUGCUUUCCGACAACGCCCACAUGAAAAUCAACCUGCCUCUGAACGCCAGAUACUGGUCCAGUCUGAUCAACGAGUACUCGAACGGCUCUAUCGACGGCUCUAAAUUCGAGAAUAUCCAUAUCACCCACACGAUGUACUUCGACGAGGAGCCAGACAUUGUGAAAACUGGCAAAGACGUUCCUAUUCAUUCGCUGAUUUGGGAGUUUUUGCGGAACAACCAGAUCAACUAUCUGCCACAUUCCGUGAGUGUGCAGAAGAAAACGGAUCCACGAAGGCCGCUCACAAUCAACAGCGUGAGGUCCAACUCAUUUUGCGAGCCUGGUCGGGUCGCAAACAGAGGCCAUAAAAGAACCAGAUCGAGAUCACUCACCGAUUUGACCACUCUUCGUCCACAAAUGCAACCACCGCCAAUGUUUCAACAGAUUGUGCCAAAACCACAGCCGUUGCAAGACAUCACUGUUAGUUCCGCUCCGGCUAUCCAGACACGUUUUGCGAUCAAUGAUCCAAAAAACAUUCAACGGUAUCAUAUGCAUUUGCAAGCUGCACAGAUCAGGGCGCAUCAAUCUCAGCAGAUUGCAUUGCAACAACAACAACAAAUGUACAACAGUUUCUAUGGCGUUGGGUCGGAGGUCCAGUUUGUUCCUCAAGAAUUCCAGUACCCACAAUCGCACAAUAGCUCGGAUGACUCGAUUUCGUCCAACUCUUCCAUCGAUCACACGCAUGCCUCGUUCUCGGGCUCGGCCCAAACUACGAAAAGCUCGGUGAGCGGCUCUACAGGCGUCACUCCACGAUUGAAGGAGUUCCAAUUCGAAGUCACCACUAUACCUCCGCCCCAGGAGGCAGAAUUUGGCUCUGGAAAUCAAAGCUCACCUACUUCGUCGACCAUCUCUGCCCAUUCCAACGAUGGACAUGAGAGCUCGAAAAAGAAGGGCAACACCGCCACCCAGCCGUACUUGCCCGGCAUGGGCUCCAUCAACCUGAAUGUUGGUGAUGCCAGAGCCAGCGAGCUGGAUUGGAAGUUUUACUACUACAACCCUUAA